UUCGGUGCAUUAGUUGGUAUUCAGUGGUUCCUGUUCGGUAGCGCAGAAGAGUCGGGGUGUUUUAAGUUGAUUUUUUAAGUUAGCCCAUGCAAUACCUCUGUGCCCUGUGAAAAAAACAGUGUACUGGCAAAGACUCUGCAUUUGGGGAGCUCACAUUUAAAAAGAACAGCCGACCUCCUGUUUGGAAAUUAUGUGGGAUAUUGCCGUGGAAUUACGAUCAGCCACACGUCAAGUCAGCUGACAUAUUGCGUCCUGCUACACCACAGCAGCCUUCGGUGAAGACGUGGUGACAGUCGUCAGUAACGGUGCAAUUGAAAAGAAGAUUGAGGAAGCAGAGAGUCACUCACUCGGUACUGAGCUGACUGUGAAUAAUCACUGUUUGUUAGGACAGUGAUCAAGACAACACACACGUCAAGUAAAUCAUUAUAGAAAUAAUUUCCUUCUUUUUUUACUCUUAAAUAAAAAAAAUCGAGGACUCGGAGAAAGGAGGUGGUAAAUAAACAGGAAUUGUUGUUGUGUAUGAUAGAAAGAGCAACAACAACAACAACAACAGCAACUAGGCUAGAAAAAAAGGAAGGAAAAGUGUGAGAGGAAGUGAGAAGGACGCGAUACAUAGAGUAAUGGAACGCGAGUCGAAUCCUAUGCAAGCUCUAUGCCGGAGCGGCUGCGGGUUCUAUGGUUCACCAGCGACAGACGGACUCUGUUCGCUAUGUUUCAAGGAAAAUUUAAAAAAGAAACAACAACCCCCCGUAUCAGCCACGUCUGUCUCAGCAUCACAGACCGUCUCCAGCAACGCUGGCACGUUGCAAAGUAGCUUCGGCAGUCCCGCCUCGACAGGAACAACCGCACAGCCCACCAUUCCCACCAUACCCCAAACAACGACAGAUCUGCCCGGUCCAAAAGAAAUAAGCAGAGACGAUCAGGAAGAUGAAGUUGCAAACAGUAGUGGAGCUACUGAGGGGUCGGUUAGCAGUGGGGAUGUCGACGACUGUUUUGACGGGAAAGAGACUGAUAAAGACUCCAAAAAGAAGAAAAACCGUUGCGCCGUUUGUCGCAAGAAAGUGGGUCUGACAGGAUUUGAGUGUCGAUGUGGUGGACUCUUCUGCGCUGUGCAUCGAUACAGUGACAAGCACGACUGCAAAUUCGAUUACAGAGAAAUGGGCGCGCAAGAGAUUCGACGUAACAAUCCAGUUGUUGUUGGUGAAAAAGUGCAAAAAAUUUGAACAAUUUUUAGUGUGUAGAGAAAUCGUUGGGGAAAGAAAAUGGUUAUAUAACAAUAUAAACAAAAACAAAAAUAUAAAAAAAUCAUGGAGAUAAAACGAGAUAAAUUAUCUGGCAGCUGAUUGCACAUCGAGGAACGAUUUUUUUUUGUAGCGAGUGAAAGAUUUAACAACAACAAAAAUAUAUAUAUAUAUACAAUACAAGCGUGUGCGUGUGUAUGUAAAACGUAUACCUGUAUUUUGAGUGUAUGGCCUUUUUUUUAGAGAAAAAGUAAAUUCGAUAAAUGCGUAAAGUCGUCGGGCUAUAUAUAAAUAUAUAUAAAUAUAAUUAUUAACAAAAAAAAAAAAAGAAGAAGCAUAGUAAAAGACGAAAAAAUUUUAAGUCUAUGACGACGUAAAAAAAUUUAGGAAAAAAAUCUGUAUUUGCGCGAGUGCUUUUAAAAAGUGUGUGUCAAAAAAUGAAAUUUAAUGAUUGAAUGGACAUUUUUUCGGUGAAAAAGUGUGAGAGAGAAAAAAAUCGAGAAUGCCAGUGCCAUGUCAGAUUGUCAUCUAGUGAGAGUUUUAAAAAAGAAAAAAAAUCUGGUUACUAACUGCUGCCAGCUUACUACUACUAUUACCUAUUAUUAUUAUCAUUGAUUAUUACGGUUUUAUUAUUAUAAUUAUUCUAUUAUUACGUUCAUUUAAUUUACUUAAAAAAGUAAAUUUGCGCAAAAAUAUAAAAACCAGGGACAAUGCAAAGUCGCAAGUUUCUGUUUAAGUAGAUGAAAAAAGAAGUAAAUAAAUAAUUUAAAAAAAACGGAAUUCCUGGUGCAGUCAGUCGAUUCAAAAAGUAUCUUGUUAAAAAUGAAAUGAAAAAGAGGCGGUUAAUCGAUCCAUCGGAUGUAGACAAAUUUGAUGCGUAAGUGUUUUUGUUUUCCAUUAUUAUUAAUAUUAUUAUUAUAUUAUUAUUAUUCUAUUAUUAUUAUUAUUAUUAUUAUUAUUAUAUUAUUAUUAUUAUUAUAUUAUUAUAAUCGUCGAAAAGGAGUGUUAUUUAGGCGAUGACUGACGUUGAUGGGUGAUCACAAUUCUAGGUUUAACGAUUAGUCUAAUAAUUAUUACGAGGUUUUUUUUUAUUCAAGUAUUCGAGCAAUUGAACUAUUCGUUAUUUUUUAAGGUUUUUAUUUCAAAACAUUAUUAUAAUGUAACAUGUUUUCCUUUUUUUUUAAAAAGGAUUUAAAAUGUAGGGAAUUUCUCCAUUAACACAUUUUUGUGUAACACAAUUUUAAUUUUUAUCUCUUUUAAAAGAAAGAAUUUUAUUUACACCAAAUAAUGAGCGUUAAACGUUCUUUAAAUAUUUAAAAGAAAUGCACAAUUAUUUCUUUUCCUACAGUUUUGUCGAAAAUUUGUUCAAAGUUUGCAAGGGUACUUGAAAAAAUGAUUGAAAAAAAAAUAAACAACCUCUAAAAAUAUAUUAGCCGAUUGAUUCAUAAAAAGUAAUGCAAUAAAGUAUAAGUAGUACUGUGUGUUUAUGUCCAAUCUCACCGAGAAUAUAACGAGCAUUAUUACUCAUUAAAUACUGUUUGAAAUUACGUUUUUCGAAAUACUGUUUAUUUUUGCGCUAACCGUCCGCAAAAAAAAAACUUAAUUUUUAGAGAGCUGGAUUAAUAUUGAAAAUUUUCAGCUGCUUUUUGAGUGAGUGUGUGAGAGAGCGAGAGAGUGAGAAAAUUAUUUUUUUCCAACUGCGCGAGGUAUUCCGACAAUGCAAUUUUAGCUUUAUAUUAUAUAAGUAAUGGUUAGUAGAAAGAUUAGAGGCCGGGAAAUAAAAAAAAUGAGCGAAAAAAAGAAAAA